AUGUCUACCCAACAACCACUGCUACUGAUCUUGGCCCUCGUCAUUGCUACCACAAUGGCAUUCCUUCCCACCACACCUCUUUAUCAUCAUGCCCGAGUAUCGGCAUUGCAAGAGAGUUGGGAUGGUAACAACAACAAUAGCAAUAAGAAUGGUGUGGGCGCCAUUGAACAGAUUCAAUUCAAGAUCUAUCCCGACGGACGCGUCGAAGAGACGGUCCGAGGAGUCAAGGGUGGCAACUGCCAAAAAGUAACCGAGAAAAUCAACGAACAACUCGGCAAAGUCGUCGAUUCGGCACCCACGGAAGAAAUGUUUGAACAAGAAGUCGAAAUUGAUCAAACAUUGACCAAUACCGAUGGCGGUAGCGGUAGUUGGGAAGGAAGUUCCAGUUGGUAA